UUACAAGGGGUUACAAGAGGUUACAGGGGUUUACAAGGGGUUACAGGGGGGUUACAAAGGGUUUACAGGGGUUACAAGGGGUUACAAGGGGUUACAAGGGGUUACAAGGGGGGUUACAAAAGGGUUACAGGGGGUUACAAGGGGUUACAGGAGGUUUACAAGGGGUUACAAGGGGUUACAGGGGGUUACAAAGGGGUUACAAGGGGGGUUACAAAGGGGUUACAGGGGUUACAAAGGGUUACAGGGGGUUACAAGGGGUUACAGGGGUUACAAGGGUUACAAGGGUUACAGGGGUUACAGGGGGUUACAAGGGGUUACAGAGGGUUACAAGGGGUUACAAGGGAUUACAAGGGGUUACAGGGGAUUACAAAGGGUUACAAGGGGUUACAAGGGUUACAAGGGUGACAGACAGUACCAGAUGGUUACAGAUGAUUACAGGGGUGUUGCAAUGGGUUAUAGGGUGGUUAAUAACUACAACAUGAAAUUAUUUACCUGCACUAGCCUCACACAACAAAAGCUGAUUUCAGGUUGGGCGUAGGCAACCACACAUAACAAUUGAAAUUAGAAGCAAUAUGGUGUUCACUAUCGGAAUGCAAAUUUUUUAUGAAAUUUUUACAGGGUAAUUAAGGUUAAGUAAAAUUUACACAUUUCAGGUUGUUUACUGUGUAUGUAAUGGUGGGCAAAAGUUCUUGUAGAAUAUAAUGACUUUAAUUCAGCUUUAAGAUAUUUAUAUGCAUACAAAUUUAAAAGUCAGAGAGAUCCAGCAAAAGGCAAAAGAGCAAGAAGUUUGCUUUUAAAUUCUGAAACCAGCUGUGCUCUUUUUGCAUGGUAAGAAAGAUUGUUCCAGAGCAUUGGUUUCACCACUAUACCUAGCACUGCAUGUUUGUUUGAGGAAAUUAGUUUUGGCCUUGGAUUAGUGCUAUAGAUCAGAUCAUGCAGUUUCAAGAUUCCUAAGGUUAUAGUUGACUUAACCAUCAUUGAGUUUUGUAAAGGAUCAAGACUCUCACAUGGGGAGAAGGUAAUGAUCAUAGAGGAUAUUGUACAUGAGGGUAGCCCUAUCCUUGGUUUGCAACCAUGUGACAAGGCAGCCAUGUUGGGGUCAAAAGAAUAGAAUUUUUUCUGGAAGAAUUUACAUGAAAAUAGAGUUUAGUUCCCAGAGGAGAGGAAAGCUUUUGUUCUUGAGCACCAACAUGGCCGCCGUGACGUGAUGUGCGUGCAAACCAGCUCUUCUAUAAAAUAAUGCCUGAUUUUGAGGCUUUUCUAUUUCAAUUUAUCAAUCUACCAAUCUAAUGGCAUAAUGGUAAACUCAUAAUGUCUUUACCUGUACAGUUUGGACUUAUUUUGUGAUUUAUCUUUCAGUUGCUCUCUACAAGUAUUCGACACGGAAAAACAGUUAUAAAAGUAAGUAACAGGCGUAACAUGAGGUUAUAGGGGUUACAAAGGUUACUCAGGGAUUACAGGAGUUACAAGGGGGGGUUACAAGAGGUUACAGGGGUUACAAGGGGUUACAGGGGGGGGUUACAAAGGGUUACAGGGGGGGUUACAAAGGGGUUACAGGGGGGGUUACAAGGGGUUACAAAGGGGGGGUUACAAAAGGUUUACAGGGGGUUACAAAGGGUUACAGGGGUUACAGGGGGUUACAGGGGUUACAAGGGGUUACAGGGGUUACAAAGGGUUACAGGGGUUACAAGGGGUUACAGGAGGUUACAGGGGUUACAAGGGGUUACAGGGGGUUACAAGGGGUUACAAGGGGGUUACAAGGGGGUUACAGAGGGUUACAAAAAGGGGUUACAAGGGGGGGUUACAGGGGUUACAAGGGGUUACAAGGGGUGACAGACAGUACCAGAUGGUUACAGAUGAUUACAGGGGUGUUGCAAUGGGUUAUAGGGUGGUUAAUAACUACAACAUGAAAUUAUUUACCUGCACUAGCCUCACACAACAAAAAGCUGAUUUCCAGGUUGGGCGUAGGCAACCACACAUAACAAUUGAAAUUAGAAGCAAUAUGGUGUUCACUAUCGGAAUGCAAAUUUUUUAUGAAAUUUUUACAGGGUAAUUAAGGUUAAAAAAAAUUUACACAUUUCAGGUUGUUUACUGUGUAUGUAAUGGUGGGCAAAAGUUCUUGUAGAAUAUAAUGACUUUAAUUCAGCUUUAAGAUAUUUAUAUGCAUACAAAUUUAAAAAGUCAGAGAGAUCCAGCAAAAGGCAAAAGAGCAAGAAGUUUGCUUUUAAAUUCUGAAACCAGCUGUGCUCUUUUUGCAUGGUAAGAAAGAUUGUUCCAGAGCAUUGGUUUCACCACUAUACCUAGCACUGCAUGUUUGUUUGAGGAAAUUAGUUUUUGGCCUUGGAUUAGUGCUAUGGAUCAGAUCAUGCAGUUUCAAGAUUCCUAAGGUUAUAGUUGACUUAACCAUCAUUGAGUUUUGUAAAGGAUCAAGACUCUCACAUGGGGAGAAGGUAAUGAUCAUAGAGGAUAUUGUACAUGAGGGUAGCCCUAUCCUUGGUUUGCAACCAUGUGACAAGGUGGCCAUGUUGGGGGUCAAAAGAAUAGAAUUUUUUCUGGAAGAAUUUACAUGAAAAUAGAGUUUAGUUCCCAGAGGAGAGGAAAGCUUUUGUUCUUGAGCACCAACAUGGCCGCCGUGACGUGAUGUGCGUGCAAACCAGCUCUUCUAUAAAAUAAUGCCUGAUUUUGAGGCUUUUCUAUUUCAAUUUAUCAAUCUACCAAUCUAAUGGCAUAAUGGUAAACUCAUAAUGUCUUUACCUGUACAGUUUGGACUUAUUUUGUGAUUUAUCUUUCAGUUGCUCUCUACAAGUAUUCGACACGGAAAAACAGUUAUAAAAGUAAGUAACGGGCGUAACAUGAGGUUAUAGGGGUUACAAAAGGUUACUCGGGAUUACAGGAGUUACAAGGGGUUACAAGAGGUUACAGGGGGUUACAAGGGGUUACAGGGGGUUACAAAGGGUUACAGGGGGUUACAAGGGGUUACAAGAGGUUACAGGGGGUUACAAGGGGUUACAGGGGGUUACAAAGGGUUACAGGGGGUUACAAGGGGUUACAGGGGUUACAGGGGGUUACAAGGGGUUACAGGGGGUUACAAAGGGUUACAGGGGGUUACAAGGGGUUACAGGGGGUUACAGGGGGUUACAGGGGGUUACAGGGGGUUACAAGGGGUUACAGGGGGUUACAAGGGGUUACAGAGGGUUACAAGGGGUUACAAGGGAUUACAAGGGGUUACAGGGGGUUACAAGGGGUUACAAGGGGUGACAGACAGUACCAGAUGGUUACAGAUGAUUACAGGGGUGUUGCAAUGGGUUAUAGGGUGGUUAAUAACUACAACAUGAAAUUAUUUACCUGCACUAGCCUCACACAACAAAAGCUGAUUUCCAGGUUGGGCGUAGGCAACCACACAUAACAAUUGAAAUUAGAAGCAAUAUGGUGUUCACUAUCGGAAUGCAAAUUUUUUAUGAAAUUUUUACAGGGUAAUUAAGGUUAAGUAAAAAUUUACACAUUUCAGGUUGUUUACUGUGUAUGUAAUGGUGGGCAAAAGUUCUUGUAGAAUAUAAUGACUUUAAUUCAGCUUUAAGAUAUUUAUAUGCAUACAAAUUUAAAAGUCAGAGAGAUCCAGCAAAAGGCAAAAGAGCAAGAAGUUUGCUUUUAAAUUCUGAAACCAGCUGUGCUCUUUUUGCAUGGUAAGAAAGAUUGUUCCAGAGCAUUGGUUUCACCACUAUACCUAGCACUGCAUGUUUGUUUGAGGAAAUUAGUUUUUGGCCUUGGAUUAGUGCUAUAGAUCAGAUCAUGCAGUUUCAAGAUUCCUAAGGUUAUAGUUGACUUAACCAUCAUUGAGUUUUGUAAAGGAUCAAGACUCUCACAUGGGGAGAAGGUAAUGAUCAUAGAGGAUAUUGUACAUGAGGGUAGCCCUAUCCUUGGUUUGCAACCAUGUGACAAGGCGGCCAUGUUGGGGGUCAAAAGAAUAGAAUUUUUUCUGGAAGAAUUUACAUGAAAAUAGAGUUUAGUUCCCAGAGGAGAGGAAAGCUUUUGUUCUUGAGCACCAACAUGGCCGCCGUGACGUGAUGUGCGUGCAAACCAGCUCUUCUAUAAAAUAAUGCCUGAUUUUGAGGCUUUUCUAUUUCAAUUUAUCAAUCUACCAAUCUAAUGGCAUAAUGGUAAACUCAUAAUGUCUUUACCUGUACAGUUUGGACUUAUUUUGUGAUUUAUCUUUCAGUUGCUCUCUACAAGUAUUCGACACGGAAAAACAGUUAUAAAAGUAAGUAACGGGCGUAACAUGAGGUUAUAGGGGUUACAAAAGGUUACUCAGGGAUUACAGGAGUUACAAGGGGUUACAAGAGGUUACAGGGGUUACAAGGGGUUACAAAGGGUUACAAAGGGGGGUUACAAGGGGUUACAAAGGGGUUACAAGGGGUUACAGGGGGGUUACAAAGGGGUUACAGGGGUUACAAAGGGUUACAGGGGUUACAGGGGUUACAAAGGGGUUACAAAGGGUUACAGGGGGUUACAAGGGGUUACAGGAGGGGUUACAGGGGUUACAAAGGGUUACAAGGGGUUACAAAGGGUUACAAGGGGUUACAAGGGGUUACAAGGGGGGUUACAAGGGGUUACAGGGGGUUACAAAGGGGUUACACAAGGGGUUACAGGGGGUUACAAAAGGGGGGUUACAAGGGGUUACAAAAGGGGUUACAGGGGUUACAAGGGGAUUACAAGGGGGGUUACAAGGGGGGUGACAGACAGUACCAGAUGGUUACAGAUGAUUACAGGGGUGUUGCAAUGGGUUAUAGGGUGGUUAAUAACUACAACAUGAAAUUAUUUACCUGCACUAGCCUCACACAACAAAAAGCUGAUUUCCAGGUUGGGCGUAGGCAACCACACAUAACAAUUGAAAUUAGAAGCAAUAUGGUGUUCACUAUCGGAAUGCAAAUUUUUAUGAAAUUUUUACAGGGUAAUUAAGGUUAAGUAAAAAUUUACAUUUCAGGUUGUUUACUGUGUAUGUAAUGGUGGGCAAAAGUUCUUGUAGAAUAUAAUGACUUUAAUUCAGCUUUAAGAUAUUUAUAUGCAUACAAAUUUAAAAGUCAGAGAGAUCCAGCAAAAGGCAAAGAGCAAGAAGUUUGCUUUUAAAUUCUGAAACCAGCUGUGCUCUUUUUGCAUGGUAAGAAAGAUUGUUCCAGAGCAUUGGUUUCACCACUAUACCUAGCACUGCAUGUUUGUUUGAGGAAAUUAGUUUUUGGCCUUGGAUUAGUGCUAUAGAUCAGAUCAUGCAGUUUCAAGAUUCCUAAGGUUAUAGUUGACUUAACCAUCAUUGAGUUUUGUAAAGGAUCAAGACUCUCACAUGGGGAGAAGGUAAUGAUCAUAGAGGAUAUUGUACAUGAGGGUAGCCCUAUCCUUGGUUUGCAACCAUGUGACAAGGCGGCCAUGUUGGGGUCAAAAGAAUAGAAUUUUUUCUGGAAGAAUUUACAUGAAAAUAGAGUUUAGUUCCCAGAGGAGAGGAAAGCUUUUGUUCUUGAGCACCAACAUGGCCGCCGUGACGUGAUGUGCGUGCAAACCAGCUCUUCUAUAAAAUAAUGCCUGAUUUUGAGGCUUUUCUAUUUCAAUUUAUCAAUCUACCAAUCUAAUGGCAUAAUGGUAAACUCGUAAUGUCUUUACCUGUACAGUUUGGAGUUAUUUUGUGAUUUAUCUUUCAGUUGCUCUCUACAAGUAUUCGACACAAAAAAACACUUAUAAAAGUAAGUAACGGGCGUAACAUGAGGUUAUAGGGGUUACAAAAGGUUACUCGGGAUUACAGGAGUUACAAGGGGUUACAAGAGGUUAGAGGGGGUUUCAAAGGGUUACAGGGGGUUACAAGGGGUAACAAGAGGUUACAGGGGGUUACAAGGGGGUUACAGGGGUUACAAGGGGUUACAGGGGGUUACAAAGGGUUACAAAGGGGUUACAAGGGGUUACAAAGGGGGUUACAGGGGUUACAAAGGGUUACAGGGGUUACAAAGGGGUUACAGGGGGUUACAGGGGGUUACAGGGGGGGUUACAAGGGGUUACAGGGGGUUACAAGGGGUUACAGGGGUUACAAGGGGUUACAAGGGGUUACAAAAGGGGUUACAAGGGGGGUACAAGGGGUUACAAGGGGUUACAGACAGUACCAGAUGGUUACAGAUGAUUACAGAUGAUUACAGGGUGUUGCAAUGGGUUAUAGGGUGGUUAAUAACUACAACAUGAAAUUAUUUACCUGCACUAGCCUCACACAAACAAAAGCUGAUUUCCAGGUUGGGCGUAGGCAACCACACAUAACAAUUGAAAUUAGAAGCAAUAUGGUGUUCACUAUCGGAAUGCAAAUUUUUUAUGAAAUUUUUACAGGGUAAUUAAGGUUAAGUAAAAAUUUACACAUUUCAGGUUGUUUACUGUGUAUGUAAUGGUGGGCAAAAGUUCUUGUAGAAUAUAAUGACUUUAAUUCAGCUUUAAGAUAUUUAUAUGCAUACAAAUUUAAAAAGUCAGAGAGAUCCAGCAAAAGGCAAAGAGCAAGAAGUUUGCUUUUAAAUUCUGAAACCAGCUGUGCUCUUUUUGCAUGGUAAGAAAGAUUGUUCCAGAGCAUUGGUUUCACCACUAUACCUAGCACUGCAUGUUUGUUUGAGGAAAUUAGUUUUUGGCCUUGGAUUAGUGCUAUAGAUCAGAUCAUGCAGUUUCAAGAUUCCUAAGGUUAUAGUUGACUUAACCAUCAUUGAGUUUUGUAAAGGAUCAAGACUCUCACAUGGGGAGAAGGUAAUGAUCAUAGAGGAUAUUGUACAUGAGGGUAGCCCUAUCCUUGGUUUGCAACCAUGUGACAAGGCGGCCAUGUUGGGGGUCAAAAGAAUAGAAUUUUUUCUGGAAGAAUUUACAUGAAAAUAGAGUUUAGUUCCCAGAGGAGAGGAAAGCUUUUGUUCUUGAGCACCAACAUGGCCGCCGUGACGUGAUGUGCGUGCAAACCAGCUCUUCUAUAAAAUAAUGCCUGAUUUUGAGGCUUUUCUAUUUCAAUUUAUCAAUCUACCAAUCUAAUGGCAUAAUGGUAAACUCAUAAUGUCUUUACCUGUACAGUUUGGACUUAUUUUGUGAUUUAUCUUUCAGUUGCUCUCUACAAGUAUUCGACACGGAAAAACAGUUAUAAAAGUAAGUAACGGGCGUAACAUGAGGUUAUAGGGGUUACAAAAGGUUACUCGGGAUUACAGGAGUUACAAGGGGUUACAAGAGGUUACAGGGGGUUACAAGGGGUUACAGGGGUUACAAAGGGGUUACAGGGGGUUACAAAGGGUUACAGGGGUUACAAGGGGUUACAAGGGGUUACAGGGGGUUACAAGGGGUUACAGGGGGUUACAAAGGGUUACAGGGGUUACAGGGGGUUACAGGGGUUACAAGGGGUUACAGGGGGUUACAAGGGGUUACAAGGGUUACAAGGGGUUACAAAAGGGUUACAGGGGUUACAAGGGUUACAGGGGUUACAGGGGUUACAAGGGGUUACAGGGGGUUACAAGGGGUUACAGAGGGUUACAAGGGGUUACAAGGGGUUACAAGGGGUUACAGGGGGUUACAACGGGUUACAAGGGGUGACAGACAGUACCAGAUGGUUACAGAUGAUUACAGGGGU